AUGAGGUGCUACAAUAAUUACUCCAUGAUAGUUCUUCUCUCUCUGCUACUAAUUACGCUCUUCCUUGCUUCAAAAGUUGUCACUCUUUCGACCUCAUGUCAAACCGAAUCAUGUGGAAAUAUAAAGAUCCCGUACCCCUUUGGAAUUCAAGAAGGUUGCUAUCUCGACGAGUGGUACAAAAUCGAAUGCAAAAACGCAACUUUCCCGUUCCUUUUCAAAACGGACAUGGAAGUUGUGAAUAUAUCUUUGCCAGGUGAGGGGGAGAUUUUUUAUAGUUCCACGUCUUUCGGGUCAAUUCGUCUCAAAAUCCCGAUAACAUCCGUUGGAUGUUCCGGAGAAGGAAACGAGUCUGGCUCCGUUUUGAGUUUGAAGGACAGCCCUUUUUUCUUGGGGACAGGAAACAGCCUCGUCGCUGUUGGUUGCAACAGCAAGGCGUCGUUGACUUACAUGGAGCCCAUCAUGGUGGGAUGCGAGUUGAAUUGCACUGCACUUGGAAGCAAAGAUGUGACGUCUUCUAGGGAAAGCAUCCCUUAUUUCGACAAAACCGGGUGCACAACCAACGCGCUGCCUUAUACUUACACUCCUGUCUGUACAAGGAACAAAGGGGAAGAAGAAAGAAGCUGCGAUGGUAACGGAUGCUGCCGUGCUAGUCUGCCGAAUGAUCUUGAAGCUCAACAGGUGAUCGGCGUCAGCUUAGAGACCUCUGAUCACGGAAACUCGACAAAUUGUAGAGUUGCUUUCUUAACAGAUGAAGUGUACACUUUAUCUAAUGUAACCGAACCACAAAGCUUUUUCGCCAAAGGGUAUGCUACAGUUAGGAUAGGAUGGGUCACUCAGACGAAUAAUCUUUCCUUCAUAAACUCCUUAAGCUGCAAAAACACAAGAGAGUACGAAAAUGAUACAUAUAGUAUUCAGCGCAGAACAAGUUGCAUAUGCAACAACAUCACCGUUUCUGGGACCAAUUAUGCAAAUUGUGGAUGCAACCGAGGUUAUACAGGCAACCCAUACCUCUUUAAUGGAUGCGAAGAUAUUGAUGAGUGCAUACUAGAGAAACCUUGCGACUAUUGCGAGAAUGUGCCUGGAACUUUUAAUUGCAGUUAUAGAAAGACUUGGGCAAUUGUUACAGGAGUAGGCUCAGGCUUUGCCCUCUUAGUCUUAGUAGGUGGAAUGUGGUUAUUGAGAAAAUGCCUUAAAAAGAGAAGGAUGACUCGGAGGAAAAGAAAGUUCUUCAAACGUAACGGGGGACUAUUGUUGCAACAACAAUUAAAUACAAAUAGAGGCAACGUCGAGAAGACAAGAAUAUUCACUUCGAGAGAGCUUGAAAAAGCCACAGAAAACUUCAGCCAAAACAGGAUACUUGGACAAGGUGGUCAAGGCACUGUGUACAAGGGAAUGCUCGUUGAUGGUAAAACCGUGGCUGUCAAGAAAUCAAAAGUUGUGGAUGAAGACAAAGUAGAGGAGUUCAUCAACGAAGUCGUCAUUCUCUCACAGGUCAACCAUAGACACGUCGUCAAGCUUUUGGGAUGCUGCCUUGAGACAGAAGUUCCUGUUCUGAUUUAUGAGUUUAUCCCCAAUGGCAACCUUUUCCAGCAAAUCCAUGAAGAAUCUGAUGAUUACACAAUGAUAUGGGGCGUACGUCUACGCAUUGCUGUGGAUAUCGCAGGAGCUCUUUCGUAUCUGCACUCUGCUGCUUGUUCUCCAAUUUAUCACAGAGAUAUUAAGUCAACAAACAUAUUACUAGACGAGAAGUAUCGGGCCAAGGUGUCUGAUUUUGGUACUUCAAGAUCAGUCACCGUAGAUCAUACUCACUGGACAACCGUCAUUUCAGGCACAGUCGGAUACGUGGACCCAGAGUACUAUGGUUCCAGCCAGUAUACCGAAAAGAGUGAUGUUUAUAGUUUUGGAGUCGUCCUCGUUGAGCUUAUUACAGGAGAGAAGCCUAUAAUAACCCUUUCGGGUUCUCAAGAAAUAAGAGGCUUAGCGGAUCAUUUCAGAGCUGCCAUGAAAGAGAACAGAUUCUUUGAUAUCAUGGAUGCUCGAAUAAGAGAUGCAUGCAAACCAGAACAAGUAAUGGCAGUGGCAAAUCUAGCAAGAAGAUGUUUGAAUUCCAAGGGAAAGAAGCGGCCAUAUAUGACGGAAGUGUUCACUGAGUUAGAGAGGAUAUCUUCAUCUCCAGAGAAUGCAUUGGUAGAUAUUGAAAAUGAUGAUGGUGAUGAUGCAGAGGAAGAAGGAAUGAAUAUGAUUGAGAUAGCUGAUUCAUGGACCGUUGGUGUUACUGCUCCAGCCUUCAGUACUGUUUCUUCGCCUUCCUAUGCAGAUGUUAAACCAUUGUUUCCUCGUCCCACAUGGUGAGGUGUGAAAAAAGAAAGGUAAUUCUGAAUAAAAUUGAUGCUACUCUCA